UCAACUUUCUUCAUAAAUAUCCCCAUCGCCCUCCUCUAUCCUCCCCACUACUCUCUUCUUCUUCUCUUUCUCUUAGCUCUCAGCUUCUUCUCAUUCUCUACCUCUUCUUCCUUCAAUGGCCAUCAGGAAAUCUACCAAACUCACUCAAACAGCAGUUCUCAAGCAAAUUCUCAAGAGGUGUUCAAGCUUAGGCAAGAAACAUGGCUACGAUGAUGAUGGCCUCCCUCUUGACGUACCAAAAGGACACUUUGCUGUUUAUGUUGGUGAAAACAGAAGCAGAUAUGUAGUUCCCAUCUCCUUGUUGACUCACCCAGAAUUCCAAUGCUUACUUCGACAAGCAGAAGAAGAAUUUGGAUUUGAUCACGAUAUGGGUAUCACCAUUCCUUGUGAAGAAGUUGUUUUUCGCUCUCUAACAUCAUCACUCAGAUAAGAAUUUGAACCAAAAGGUGGUGGUUUAUGGUUAUUGUUUUGCAUGGAGAAGAUGGCUCGUUAUAAGAAGAAGCUCACUGCACCAGUUCAGCUGCUGCUGGCUUGGUCUUUUUUCUUUUUUUUUCUUUUUAACAUCUUCUCCAUUGUGAUUCUUGAUCUCGGCUACCUUUUUUUCAUUUGUUUUUUUGAAAUCCUUAUUGGAUCUUUUAAACCCUUUUGGGGUUUUUAUGUCUAAUUACUAACCUAGAACACCCACCAAAAAUGGUAUGGGUUAAUUUAGAUUUGUAAAAAGUUUGGUUUUCCUCACAGAUGCUGCCACUGUGACUGUGAGAGAAGUUUCUAAGCAAAUGAAAAGUUUAUCAUGUUUCAUAAA